CUAAUGCCAGAUUAGUAUAUAAAAAGUUGUAAGAUAUUAUCCAGAAAGAGGUGGUGACGAUUAUUCAGUAUAAAUUUUUGAAAAUUUAUAGAAUUUGUACUUAAUAGUCGGAGAUUGAGGCAUACAUUUUAGAAAAAUGACAAGGGGUAAUCAACGCGAUUUAGCACGUCUCAAGAACCAAAAGAAACAACAGGAAUUGGCUAAGGCUAAUAAAAAGGAUAAGGAUGGAUUAACGGUGGAGCAACGUAAAUUUAGAGAUGCCGAAAUGAUGCGAGAAAAACAAAAGAAGAAGGAGCUGGAGGCACAGGCGAAGAAGGAGAAGAAUAAAUAAUUUUUUUUUUCGACUUUAGUGCCAAUACAAAAUUUAACAAGUUUACAAUUAUUUUACAACAUAUUUAAUUAAAAAAU